AUGUCGAACGUAUCUCUUUGCAUUUUCCUCUCGCUAUUAAUCGUAAAUGUAUCUUCUCCCAGUCUUAUUAAAAACGGUACAUCGGACAAAGAAAAGCUUACCUACCUAAACGUAGUCGGUGCAGUGACAAAAAUUCUAGAUCAAUGUCGACCGAUAGAACCCGAAUUAACCUUAGUGCUUGGCGGAGAUUAUAAUGAAGUUCUUAGACAAGCUUUUUUCGCUUGGGUGCCGGUAGCUUUAAUAGGGGAAACGAGUCCUCGAUUUAACGCCCUCGAAAAGUUCGCCCUGACGAGAUAUUCCUACUAUUUGUAUGUGAGCUCCGAGUUCAUUCCUUUCAUUCGGAAGUCGCACCGCUUCGUGUUAGUGGUGUCCUCUCAGCCGAUCCUACGAUCUAUUUUGCAGAGAAUAAAGGACUCACCGUGGGCGAACUCGGAUGGAUUUUAUAUAAUAAUCGAUAAAGAAUCUGAGACUCGAGGCUGCAUAAACGCUCGUUCGUUUCUCUGGGCAGCUUGGGAAUACGAUUUGCUCUCCGUCAUAUUUUCUUGCAUCGAUCCAGACGAUGGGAUCGUCUAUUACACAUAUAAUCCGUUUUCAAAUAAUACGCCAGCCGGUUGGCACGAAGUAGAUCGUGCCACAGGACGGCACGGCCAUCCUUGGAUAAUAUUGAGGAAAAAAUACGAAAACGACAAAGACAAGCUAUGCACAAAUCUCGAUUUCGAUAAAGCAACCACUUUGCAAGGCUACGAGAUCCGAUUGAACGCCGUCGAGAUGGAGCCAUUUAUAAAAGUCAAUAUGAGCGCGAAGGGUCUGGAAAUAUUUCGUGGAGAUAACAGCGAGAUCAUCAAGAUACUCUUUCUCAAACUGGGAGCGUUUCUUGACAUUGAUCUUCACACUGGCAGUAUCUAUGACCUCGGCGGCAUAGGCCCGAAUGGUACUCUGGUGGGUUUGAUGGCUCCUCUGAGCGACGGAAGAAUAGACCUUGGCAUGAACACGAGACCCUUGCUCGUAUUGUGGAAGGUCAAAUACUUAUAUCCCCAUAUAAGAUCGGGCCUCUGUGUAAUAGCGCAACCGAACCGGGAGAUCUCGCAGUUCAACAAGCUGAUGAAAUUCAUGUCGCCGGAAGUGAUGGUGGGAAUAGCCGCAAUAUGUCUGCUGGCUUACAUAGUGUUUGUAAAGAGCCAGGGAUACGUGAAGGCCGAUUUACAGGUGAUAAGACUUAUAGUCUGCGUAGGAAUUCUACAUCCACCCAAAAUUAGCUCCGCCCGAAUCUUUAUAUGCAUGGUACUGGUUCUGUUCCUCAACAUAAACGCUCUAUUCCAAAGCCACCUUUCGGCCUUACUCACCGUGCCGGUUUAUCACCGCAACAUCGACAGCAUAGAAGAUCUCAAGAAAUCCGGUUACACUCUAUACGGAUCGAGCCAGUUGAAAAAGUUGAUAAACGAUCCCGUAUUGCAAUCGCGCUACAUAUCGGUCACGUACGAAGAGUGCAAAGAAUUCGUGGAGAAUUCGACAACCGCUGCGUGCCUGGGGGACUGCUACCACUUAUACUACAGGAUCAAGGGUCAAGACCUCAUUAGAUCGAAGACACUGAUCGAGUUGACACAAUCGUAUGUCGCUCGCGAAGAUUGGCCACUGUACCAGCGGGUGGACGAUAUUAUUCAACAGAUGACGCAGGCCGGUUUGAUCGUUAAAUCGCGGUCUGACUUUCUUGAGGAAAUAAGACGCGAGAGAGCCCGGAACAGUGCGAAGAAAAAAGGCUUCAAAGUGAUGAUGCUGAGGCGGCUUGCGUUCAGCUUCUAUUUCCUCAUAGCGGGAUACACUUGCGCUACUAUAGUCUUCAUAUGGGAAUUAGUAAUUGGUCGAUCCACUCCCAGAUCUGAGAAACAAAUGAGAAAGAAAAAGAGAAUCAGAAGGAAAGCUGAAAUAAACGAUAGGAUUCCGAACAUAUUAGGAAUUAAGAAAUGAAUUUUGCGUAGGAUUUACUUGAAGUCUUUCUUUGAUAGACUGAUUCGUGCGAAAAAAUAUAAUGAAACACUGCGUAAAGUAUAUUCAUGUCACACAGAAUGUUUAGUUACUAUUAUUUAUAUAUGUGUUACACUGCACUGCUAUUUUCUGCUAUUAUUGUAGGGACAUUCACGCUUGUAAUCGUGCAAACUUCUUGCGGAUGAGUACAGUACCGGGAAAUGUUAU